AUGAAAACGAAGCGACAGACGUACAGAGUACGGACACACGCCGCGCUCCCCGACCGCACUCGACCGCCUUCGGCUAACGUCGGCCGACUUCGCUCCCCACAGCUGACCGAGCCAAUGUGGGACGGGGACAAAACACGUCGAGCGGCACACGCGCAAAAGGGACAGCGAACCGCGCACUACACUUUCGCCGCCAUUUAUUCCUUUCCAGUGUUCAUCACGUCAAUUGACUAUGAGGGCUGUAAAAUAAUGCGGUGGCUGCACAAAAUAUUGGCGCUGGCAAUAAUUUGCGCGGCAGCAGAGGGGAUCCUCUGCCCUUCUACUUGCAAUUGCACGAAAACCCGCCUGACGUGCUCGGGCGCCACCCUGACAAAUAAUACAUUGUCGCGCGCAGUUUUGGCCAAAUAUGGACUCGCCCUACAGGAGAUCAUCUGGACGGAUUCCAAUUUGAGUACGCUAGAAGCGGACCUCUUCAACGGGCUACAUAACCUCGAGUACAUCGACUUAAGUAGAAACGAAAUCAAAAGGACUGAACACGGGCUAUUCGCGAAACUGAACCGAUUGAAACAUUUGAAUAUAUCCAGGAACCAAAUCGAAGACAUACCUAGAAAUCCGUUUAUAGGCUUAGAAAACUUAGAAGUUUUAGAUGUAUCCCACAAUCAGAUUCGGGUCAUCCCGUUUCAGGCCUUCGGGGUGAUGACCAGAUUGCACUAUCUCGAUAUAUCUUACAAUAAAAUAGCUACUUUCUUAGAUUACUAUUUUAAACUUAAUCGACAACUGAAAACACUGUUCCUAAAUAAUAAUAGCCUAGUCAAAAUUACGUCUAAAGCUCUAGUCGAUUUGAAGGAAUUGGAAGUGCUCGAUAUCUCUAGCAACAAUUUAGAUAAUUUCCCGAAGUUUUUAUUCGACGCCUUACCAGAACUCAGAGAGCUAAAUCUGAGCUACAAUAAGUUCUUAAACAUAUCACAGGAUGCUUUUAAAACUCUCGAAAAAUUAAGAUCAAUUAAUAUGGGAGGAAACAGACUGAGACUGCUACCGCCGACGCUCUUCCAGUAUAAUACAAAUUUGAAAACUAUCUACCUCGAACACACGGAAAUAACGGAAAUACAAAAUACAAAUUUUAAAGGAUUAAACAAAUUGGAGGAACUCUAUAUUCGAUACAACCCGUAUUUGCGUGAAAUUGAAUCAUACGUAUUUCAAGAUACACCUUCUCUGAAACGCCUGGAUAUAAGCAAUAAUUCACUGACGUUUUUGCCCCUUACGUUGAAGACGUUGGAUCAAUUAGAAGAACUGUGGAUAGGAGGUAAUCCGUGGGCGUGCGACUGUCGAAUGGCAUGGUUUGUGUCUUGGGCCGUUCCAAGGAAAAGUGCGAUUAAAUCGGAUUUGAGCUGUGGGCUCACAUAUCCUAAUGAGAUGUUAUCAAUCUUAAAUAGUACAGAUUGCAAAGCACCCCACCUCAUAAGCAGCAGCCCUUUGACCCUUUAUAGACUGCAGUCGAACGCUAUAUUGGAAUGCAAAUACGAAGGGAACCCGAUGCCCUCCAUCACUUGGGUGACUCCGACACGUCAUGUAUUCCACUGGAAUCCUGAUCUAUCUAUACCUGAUAUUUAUUACAAACACGGAGUCGCCCACGACCAAAACUACAAUCCGAUUGACUACACUACGUCAAGAGUGAGAGUGCGAGAGGACGGCGCUCUAACUAUUAUGGGCAUACAUAGGGAGGACAGUGGAAUUUAUACAUGUUAUGCAUCAAAUCCGUCGGCUAACGUCACGGCUGAGGUCGUCCUCAACAUAGACCCAAUGACAAUGUUCGAAAUCAAGAUGUACAGUUUACUAUGUGGGGCAAUCUGUGCGGCAAGUUUUCUUGGCCUUACCCUGUUAGUCCAAGCCCUGCGUUAUAUUUUCUACAGGUUCCGCUUGUUAGAGACAUGCUGCAGUUGUUGUACUUGUGUCAACAGAGAUGCCCCUCGAACGCGACAAAUCUAUAACAUGUUAGACAACAUUGAACAAUACAAACGACAACAAUUAGAGAAACUACGAGAAAAUUACGCAGUUCAGGUUCAUCGCAUAAAAGAGAACUGCACCCAGCAAAUGGAGUGGAUUCAGAGCAGUUAUACUUCGCAAGCCAACCAUCUCCGCAAUAUACGAGACAUCGGUUCCAAUCACAUAACUGCCAUGAAAGACCAGUAUCACGAUCAGGUGAAACGCGUCAGAGAGUACUCCACGUCGCAAUUGAACUGGGUUAUAGAAAACUACGUUUUUCAACGAAAUAAGAUAAGGAAGUUUAGCGCACAUCAAAUACUACGACUUCGGGAGUCGUACAAAUAUCAACAGCAGACGCUAAACAAAGUGCUCGAAAACUUGCCCAGUCUCUACUUUGAAAAUUGCCGGAGCGGUUCCUGCGGUCGAAGCGAUUCCAUGGCGUUCGACCCCGACGUUGAAACCAUCGAUAUGUACUUGAAAUCAAAGUUAGAAAAGCUCUCGAGCCUCCCAAAUCCGAUAGACGACGACAGCAAAAUGUCCGUAUACUACACGCCGACAGAGAGAUCUGUCAACUCGCGCCGUAAUUCCCCCGUCCUCGUACCGGACGGAAUCCACAUUAACAUGAUCGAAAGAGGUCCACCUCCGAGACUAUUGGCGAUGAUCAGACCAUUACAGCCGGCGCCGCCGCCCACACUCGAGUCCUUCACUACGCUGGACUUGUCGAGUCCCACAACUUCCAAGACAUUAACACCGGUCAGAUCGAAAUAUAAAGAAGAGUCGAAGCCUUCUAGCGAGCCGUUGCUGGGCCGAGGACGGGACGUUUUGAGGGAAGACUGCAGACGAAGCUUUCCCACGAGCUUGAGCUCUCCCGAACUCAAUAGAGACUCGGAAAGAGAGGCGGCAGCGAAAGAAGCGAAAAUUUUACUAGCGGUGGAGCUAACGAAGCCAGAGUGUCAAGUUCGGCAUCCAGCGGGGCAGAUGGUAUGCGGCGACUGUGUCGGUUUAUGCGAGAACACACCCUUGUAG